AGUACUUCAACCAACGGUCGUUUAGGAAACACCCAUAUUCCCAAUAUGCUAUUACUGCAAAUUUUUUAGUUUUUGGUUAGUAUUCCGAUCUUAAAACAUCAAAUAGGGUAUAGGAAACCAAAACAAGGAAUACUUUAAUUACUUCGUUGUUUAAACUUAUUUUGGCCACCAAAAAUGGACACUUAUACAUAGAAACGAUAGCUUGCAAUGAUCACCCUUUACAAAGAGAAUGCCUACGUCCCUCGCAUAGCGCACUUCGCUAUAACAAAGAUAAAAAUUAUCAAUAUUGAUUAAACGCUGAUAUAUCGUUAUUAAUCAGUGGUGAUUCGUUUGUGCGCGGUGUGUUACUUAUUGUGAAUUAAUUUGUUAGAAAUGGGCGCGACGGGGAAGUUUAUGGUGACAGCGCUGUUGUCGUGCGCCAUCACCGGGAUCGUCUCCACAACUUACAUCAUAUUGUGCUGCCUCGCGCUUAUCUUCAGGUUCGACUGCUCCACAGCCCAGACCCUAGUGCAAAACUCUGAUUACUUCCUAAUUUUAAUUUAUAAGCAAUACAUACAAGAUGAAAGUUGUGGAACAUUUUUACCAAUAGAAGACUUGACGGAAUCUAAAUCUGUGUUCGUGCUAACCGCAGUGUCAUUAGCGGUGUCUACAGCCAGCCUUGUCGCCGCAUUGUCUCUGACAAUAUCAGUACUCAGCAGAGGAUGUUGGUACUACCUGGACUUCGGGGCGUAUGUACACAUCGGCUUAUGUCUGGCGAUGCUUGUGGUUGACAUUACUUUCGCCGUACAUUUCGGCUCGGACUAUACCACACUUACGGAUAAAUUAAACGCCAACUCAGUAAUGGCACCAACUAAUUAUCUGAUAGAUACGUUGAGAAUCGGUUCCUUCUUCCUCAUGGUACUAACUAUGAAAGGAUUUAUGGCUCACAUAGUGAACUUGGUGCUACUGGUGAUGUUGAUUUAUUACUUGCACAGUAAAAACGCCGAAGAGAGACAGCAACAUUCCAUCCACAGCCGAGGACUAUUAAAUGCUUUUGAACAACCCAGUUACAAUGACCCUUGGCCGGUGCAGCAGGGUUGGACUUCGACGCUAGGAUCCGUUGGUAACGCCCAUCCGGGCUAUAUGUAUAACGAAGGGCCUCAACGGUCAUCGAAUUGGGAAUUCGUGCAAGGCAACCGUUUCCCAGGGCAGGACUUGCAGCCACGUGCGGGUACUAUGCCGCCCCGCCCGUUCUCGUACUCCGAGGACCCAGGACUGACACCGUCGAUGCUGAGACCCACUCCACCCAAGCCUUACACGCCGAAUCCCGACUAUAGCCCAAACCCACGUUUGAAAUCUGCCUUGAAGAGUACCUAUUAGUUAUUAAGUAAAUUAUUUUUUUAAUAUACUUUUUGUAGUAAAACCUUUAUGUCUCAAACGUUGAAAGUUUUUUUUUUAUGAUUUAAACCAUAAUAACCUGACUCAAAAUCGUAUUUAAAGUUAGGUUAGGUUCGUGCAACUUAAAAUUUUCCCCUUGUUAUUUAUUUUAUAGUCAUAAAGCAGUGUCUACAUAUGUUAAGUUAAUUGUUUCUUGUAUUGAUUUAUCAUUUACGUAUCUACAUUAUAUUUAUAAUAAAAUAAUUACGUCAUUCUUUUAUCUAAUAUCGUGGUCUUAGAUACAUCAAACGGAAAUAAUAGCAGUUUCUUUAUGUAGCAUUUUACAAUUUGAGCUUGUAAACUUACGUAGGUCUGUGGCGCCAUCUGUCGAAACAUAUGUAUGAAACUUCUUGCUAUGAUAAAAGUUGAUUUGUAAAUAUCAUAAUUAAGUACGUAUUUAGAUGUAUCUGUGUAUAUUUAUUCCAUAUUACUACU